AUGGCGGACUCGCUUCAAUCACCAAUGGAGAAGCUAGACUUGGAUGCCAAACCAUCCAGCUUAACAGCUUUCGAUCAGCGCCUAGCAGACGAAGAGGAUGGCAAGAUCGAGAAUUCACAGACUAGGACGCGAGCUCGUCAGACCUCCGAAGAGUUGCUGGCGGAGCUUGAAACCGAGUUUCUAACCCCAUCAGACCAAUUUAACACGAAAUGGCUGAAUUCUCUUCAAAAACGAUGGGAUGUUUCGACAGACUAUACGGACCUUUUCGAACACGCCCCAACCCAGUCGCGCACUGUGACUCGAUUCAAGCGAGAAGGAUUAGAAGGACGCGUUACUGGUUAUCAUGAAGUCACGGUUCCUGCUGCAAGCGCAACCGCCAAAAAUUCCACAUCACUCCUCCGCCGACCUGCUGGCCGUGCCGACUUUGUCAGAGGAGCUGCAGGUUUCUUUCCUUUCGCCCCCGGGGGCUUGGAGGGUAUCGAGGCACUGGCAGCAAUGGAGGCCGAUGCGCAUGACGUUGAGCAGUCGAGCAAUGGGAAGCAAUCUGGGCUUGACCGUAUCAUCAACUUCGGCACCGAGGGCGGUCUUCUGACAACACCACCUGGUUUUGAUUGCGGUAUCGAGUUCGAUGAACCCAAGUCUAAAGACGCCACCGAGGUUGCCCAAGAAGUCGAAUCCGCCCUUCUUCAAGAAGAAAGCAACUUGAAAGUGGACCAACCCGAGACCGCGGACAUAGAUACGGGAAUAGACGCUGAAGCUCGUGAUGCCAGCGACGACGAAGACGAAGAAGACAUUGACGCUUUGUUACCGGUCGAGUUCCCAGCAUUGGAACCACGUAAUCCGUUGCUCGCCGGCGUUCACAAGCAAAAGGGCAGAGAAUGGGCUCAUGUUGUCGACAUUAAUAAGGAUAUUCCGAACUUCCAUGAACUAGUUCCAGAUAUGGCCAGGGAGUGGCCAUUCGAGCUUGAUACUUUCCAAAAAGAGGCCGUCUAUCAUCUUGAGAAUGGCGAUUCCGUGUUUGUUGCGGCUCAUACAUCGGCAGGCAAGACCGUUGUGGCCGAGUAUGCAAUUGCAUUGGCUGCUAAACACAUGACGAAAGCGAUUUACACGUCUCCCAUCAAAGCGCUGAGCAACCAGAAGUACCGUGAUUUCAGAACUGAGUUUGACGACGUCGGUAUUUUGACCGGUGAUGUUCAAAUCAACCCGGAAGCCAGCUGCCUCAUUAUGACUACUGAGAUCCUGCGGAGUAUGCUGUAUCGAGGUGCUGAUCUCAUCCGAGACGUCGAGUUCGUCAUUUUCGACGAAGUGCAUUAUGUGAACGAUCUUGAGCGAGGAGUUGUGUGGGAAGAAGUCAUCAUCAUGCUCCCAGAGCAUGUUACAUUGAUUCUUCUCUCUGCAACUGUGCCCAAUACCCGUGAGUUCGCAUCCUGGGUGGGUCGUACGAAGAAGAAGGACAUCUACGUUAUUUCGACCCAUAAGCGACCUGUUCCGCUGGAGCACUAUCUCUGGGCCGGAAAGAGCAAGCAUAAGAUUGUCGACUCCAAUAAAAGAUUCCUCGAAAGUGGCUGGAAGGAAGCGGACGAUAUUCUUUCCGGAAAAGAUAAGGCCAAGGCUAAAAAGGAGGCCGAAGCGCUGGCGCAGUCAGCGCAAGCUAAAGCUCCUUCAGGUCCUCAAGCUCGCGGACGAGGUCAGCCAGUGAAUACCCGAGGUGGUGGUGGUCGCGGUGGCGGUCGUGGCGGCGCACCGCGCGGAGGAGCUCCCUCACGAGGUCGAGGACAGGGCCGUGGACAGCCAUCCAAUAGGGGAACAGGUAACAUCGCUCGUACAGGUCGUGGAGGUGGUCGCACAAGCGCGGCUCAGGACAGAAACACCUGGGUCCAUCUUGUUUCGCAUCUUCGCCAAGAAGACUUGUUGCCAGGAUGUGUCUUCGUCUUUUCUAAAAAGCGAUGUGAAGAGAACGCAGAUUCACUGUCAAACCAAGAUUUCAAUAAUGCUAGCGAGAAAAGCUUGACUCACAUGUUCAUCGAGAAAUCACUGACUCGUCUGAAACCCGAGGAUCGCACGCUCCCACAGGUUCUUCGUCUUCGUGAGCUGUUAAGCAGGGGUAUCGCUGUACACCACGGCGGUCUCCUGCCAAUCAUGAAGGAGGUUGUUGAGAUUCUCUUCGCUAGGUCUCUAGUUAAGGUUUUGUUCGCCACGGAAACAUUCGCAAUGGGUUUGAACCUUCCCACCCGAACCGUAGUGUUCUCUGGUUUCCGCAAACACGAUGGCAAAAGCUUCCGUGAUCUCUUACCUGGUGAAUAUACGCAAAUGGCGGGGCGUGCUGGGCGUAGAGGUCUUGACACGGUGGGGUACGUUAUUGUGACAAACAGUGGCAAGGAAGAGGCUCCGCCGGCUGCUGCGUUGAAGCAGAUGAUUCUUGGCGACCCGACAAAGCUGAGGUCCCAAUUCCGACUCACGUACAAUAUGAUCUUGAACCUGCUGCGAGUGGAAGCCUUGAAGAUUGAAGAAAUGAUCAAGCGGAGUUUCAGCGAAAAUGCAACACAGGCUCUCUUACCGGAACACGAGAAGCAAGUUCAAAUAUCCGAGGCCAGUCUUGCGAAAAUCAAACGGGAACCAUGUGAAACCUGUGACCGGGAUUUGAAGGCCUGCCACGACGCCGCAAUGGAAUAUCAAAAGCUCACAGCUCAGUUCCAUAACGAAUUGCUGGCAUCACCUGUCGGCAAACGUCUUCUCACGAUGAGGAGAGUAGUUGUUUACCGGAAGGAUGGACUCCGUACUGCUGGUGUUAUUGUCCGCGACGGUGUUUCUGCCGGAGUGGUUGGAGCCGCACCAUGCCUUCAAGUACUCGAGAUCGGAACUUUGAGCAGCAAGCGGCAUCCCACUGACAUUCUUCCUUUCUUGCCUAAUCUCCGACCAUACCUCCAAUCUCUUCCAAAUCGCGUUGAUGAAAUGAGCCUCCGAGUAGUCAAAGUCCCACUAUCCGAUGUCGAAUGUGUGACGAACACCCAGGUUAAGUCCGGCAAACCUCUAUGGUACUUGAACAUCAAAAGAGAGGCUGUUUAUUGGGCAGAAAAGGAACUGCAUCAGUACACCAACUCUUGGAUUGAUACUGCGUGGGACGAGAUUGACUGGCAACGUAUCAAAGAGAUGGAGGUUCGCGAUGUCCUCGACAAGCGACGAGCUCAGGCACAGAUUGUCCAAACAUCCCACUGUCUGGAAUGCCCUGACUUCGUGAAACACUUCGAGAUGCAACACGACGAGUGGCAAGUUAAGGAAAACAUCUCGGAACUGAAGCAACUUAUGUCCGACCAAAAUCUUCAACUACUUCCGGACUAUGAGCAGCGUAUUCAAGUGCUGAGAGAGCUCGGUUUUGUUGACGAACAAUCUCGUGUGCAAUUAAAGGGCAAGGUGGCGUGCGAGAUCCACUCCGCCGAUGAGCUGGUGUUGACCGAAUUGGUCCUCGAAAACGUCCUUGCCGAAUACGAACCGGAGGAGAUUGUUGCACUCCUCUCUGCAUUUGUCUUCCAGGAGAAGACAGAGAGUAUCCCCACUCUCACCCCCCGCCUAGAGAAGGGCCAGAAAGAGAUCAUCCGUAUCGCCGAGAAGGUGAAUGAUUUCCAAAUCCUGCACCAGGUUAUCCAGUCCAGUGAAGAUUCCAACGACUUUGCUAGCAAGCCACGCUUUGGGCUUGCUGAAGUUGUCUAUGAGUGGGCCAAGGGUAUGUCUUUCAAUCGCAUCACGGACCUCACCGACGUGAUGGAAGGUACUAUUGUCCGGGUGAUCACUCGACUGGACGAGACUUGUCGCGAAGUGAAGAACGCGGCUAAACUGGUUGGCGACCCAACCCUCUACACCAAGAUGCAGCAAGCCCAGGAUUUGAUCAAGCGCGAUGUCAUCUUCGCUGCUUCUCUUUACAUGUGA